GUGCGUUUUUAUUAGGUUUUUUUUCAGACAGCCAUAAGAAGAAGAAGAAAUAAUGGCUUCCGCUGUAAUCUCAUCCUCUCCCUUCGUCUGCAAAUCCUCCACCAAGGUUAAGGGUUUGGGGUUUUCGUCGUUCCCAAAACCAUCGCAGAUUUCGGUUCAUAGAUGUCAGAAGAAAUCGAUCGUCUCCGUCAUGGCUCCCCAGCGUUCAUCACCGGCCACCUCAGGAUCGGUGAAAACUGGGAUGACGAUGACGGAGAAGAUUCUGGCGAAGGCGGCAGAGAAGUCACAAGUGGUCCCUGGGGAUAACAUUUGGGUUAAUGUUGAUGUUCUUAUGACUCAUGAUGUCUGUGGCCCUGGUGCUUUUGGUAUCUUCAAGCGAGAGUUCGGUGACAACGCUAAGGUUUGGGAUCCGGAGAAGAUCGUUGUUAUACCAGACCAUUACAUAUUCACAACUGAUAAGCGUGCUAACCGCAACGUCGACAUUAUGAGGGAGCAUUGCAGGGAACAGAACAUCAAGUAUUUCUAUGAUAUCACCGACCUUGGAGAUUUUAGGGCUAAUCCUGACUACAAAGGUGUUUGCCAUGUCGCACUCGCACAAGAAGGUCAUUGCAGGCCAGGAGAGGUUUUGUUAGGAACAGACUCACACACAUGUACUGCUGGAGCGUUUGGUCAAUUUGCUACUGGGAUUGGAAACACUGAUGCAGGCUUUGUGUUAGGCACUGGAAAAAUCCUCCUUAAGGUUCCACCAACGAUGAGGUUUAUAUUGGAUGGUGAAAUGCCCAGUUAUUUGCAAGCAAAGGAUCUGAUUUUGCAAAUCAUUGGUGAAAUUUCUGUUGCUGGCGCAACUUACAAGACGAUGGAGUUCAGUGGCACAACUAUUGAAAGUCUUUCUAUGGAAGAAAGAAUGACAUUGUGCAACAUGGUUGUCGAAGCUGGUGGAAAGAAUGGUGUCAUCCCUCCUGAUGCGACAACAUUUAAUUACGUUGAGAAUAGGACAUCUGUACCCUUUGAGCCUGUAUAUAGUGAUGGGAAUGCAAGCUUUGUGGCAGAUUAUAGAUUUGACGUGUCAAAGCUGGAACCUGUGGUGGCUAAGCCACAUUCUCCUGACAAUCGGGCUCUAGCAAGAGAAUGCAAAGAUGUGAAAAUUGACAGAGUAUACAUCGGUUCUUGUACUGGUGGGAAGACCGAGGAUUUUAUGGCUGCAGCUAAACUUCUCCAUGCGGCAGGAAAGCAAGUCAAAGUCCCAACUUUCCUUGUCCCUGCUACUAAGAAGGUGUGGAUGGAUGUGUAUGCCCUCCCAGUACCUGGAGCUGGUGGAAAGACAUGUGCGCAGAUAUUCGAAGAAGCUGGUUGUGACACACCAACCAGUCCUAGCUGUGGGGCCUGCCUUGGUGGCCCAGCAGACACAUACGCUCGUUUAAAUGAACCUCAAGUGUGUGUCUCAACAACGAACAGGAACUUCCCAGGUCGGAUGGGAAACAAAGAAGGGCAGAUUUACCUGGCUUCCCCUUACACUGCUGCAGCCUCGGCCCUGACCGGUCAUGUCACUGACCCAAGAGAGUUCUUGCAGUAGAGGCUAAUAAUGGCUUAUAUGUGAAAAAAGUAUAAUGCUGCAUCAAGAGAGAACAAGUGAUGUUGCAUUCUGAACUAUUUAUGUAUGUAUUUUCCGAGUUUCGUUAUUGAACUUUGAUUGGGUUUCAACAAGCACUGUGUUGAACUUCUUAUGUUUUGAGUUUGACAGAAUAAAAAAGAUUAUCAAUAGGUCAACGUUUGAUUGCAUAUUAAUUUAUUUUGCGGUUUUGCAAAUGCCGGAUAUUUCUCAAGUUUAUCACAUUCAAACUAUAUGUAGGC